AAAUUUUUGUGGGGGAUGCAUUAUUGCCAGGCUUUAUAUAACCAUUUUAAUCAGUAGAUACAGGGAAUACAGGCAUAAUCUAGAUCAUUCCAUUGAUUGCGCAAACAAUUGGAGUAGUUAUUGCUUGAAUUUUCGGUGUAUUGCAAAACCACGAGCGGAAAUUAGGAGCAAGACCGCGAAGUAUAUAAAUAAAGGAUACUUUGCUAAAAGUUUUGAAAAGAUAGUUGUGAAAAAGGUAUCUUUAAUUAAAUUAAUUGAAACCAAUAAAUAUGUCAGGAAACGCACCAAUUAAGCUUUCAAGCGGAUACGAAAUGCCAUCAGUCGGGUUUGGCUGCUGGAAAGUCGAUAAUGAUUCAUGCGCAGAUCAAAUUUAUAAUGCCAUUAAAGUUGGUUAUAGACUUUUCGAUGGUGCUGAAGAUUACGGUAAUGAAAAACAGGUGGGAGAAGGAAUCAAUAGAGCUCUUGAUGAAGGACUUGUUGCUCGUGAUGAAUUAUUCAUUGUUUCUAAGCUUUGGAAUAGUUUCCAUCACCCAAAUAAUGUUGAAAAAGCUUUAGAUAAAACUUUGAGUGAUUUGCAAGUUGAUUAUUUGGAUUUAUUCUUAAUUCAUUUCCCAAUUGCCUUUAAAUUUGUUCCAUUUGAUGAAAAAUACCCUCCUGGUUUCUAUUGUGGAGAUGGUGAUAAGUUUAUCUAUGAAGAUGUUCCUCUUUUAGAAACUUGGAAAGCAUUAGAAAAAUUGGUUAAAAAGGGUAAAAUUAGAUCAAUUGGUAUUUCUAACUUUACUGGUCCUUUAAUUAAUGAUUUAUUAAGAGGAGCUGAAAUCAAACCUUCUGUUUUACAAAUUGAACAUCAUCCUUACUUACAACAACCAAGAUUAAUUGAAUACGUUCAAUCUCAAGGUAUUGCAAUUACCGGUUACUCUUCUUUUGGUCCCCAAUCCUUUAUCGAAUUGAAUCAUCCAAAAGCUGCUGGUACUCCAAGAUUAUUUGAUCAUGCUGAUAUUACUGCCAUUGCUAAAAACCAUAAUGUCUCUUCAUCUCAAGUCCUUUUAAGAUGGGCUACUCAAAGAGGUGUUGCUGUCAUUCCAAAAUCGAGUAACCCUGAUAGAUUAUUGCAAAACUUGAAUGUUAAUGAUUUUGAUUUGACUAAAGAAGAAUUCGAUACUAUUAGUAAAUUAGAUAUUGGUUUGAGAUUCAAUGAUCCAUGGGAUUGGGAUAAAAUUCCUCUCUUUGUUUAAUUUCAUACAAGUAACAUUAUAUAGUGAAU